AAAAAUUGGAUUGGGGUAUGGGCACUGGAUAGAGCGCACUUUGGAGUAUCAACCCCCAAGUUUCGAACUCAGCAAAAUCCCCAGGGUGGUUUCGGGCGAAUAAAUCGGCCUAGCGAACGUGAACUUAGACAAACCGCUGCCAAUUUUUCGCACACUUGAGGGCCAACUUUCGACCUUCCUUGAUUGCUUUCAACCUAUCGGCAAUACCCGAAAAGAUUUCAUCAGAAAGCGAUUAAUAUAAAGCUGGCUGACUCAUAAUCUCUCCAGUCAGAUCUUUAGGUGUUUGCUCGAGAUUGGAAGCCCCAUGUACUCACAGGGCGUCCCUUUGGGUCUUAAUGAAUGCCCUGCGAGCGAAAUUCUCGCCAAGCACUCAACCAAUAACAAUUCGAACCGGAUUAUGCAACUGGCCAACGACAAAAUGGCAAUUCAUUUGCAUACCCGAGCCCAUACAUCACCAAGGCACAUAAAACAGCUGAACCAUGGAGAAAUAUUCAGCUCGGACCAAAAAUAGCCGGCCGGAUCCUGAAUGGAGCCUACACACCCUCCAAGUCUGCACUCAAGGUCCGUGUUGCAAUUAGGCGACUGGUACGUGCACGUAUGCGAAAAAAUGCACUUAUCUCGCGAAAAAACCCAGUAGGCAGCUCCGUGCCGCGAAGGCCGGCUUUUUAGCUUAUAAGCGAGGGUGUCUUUGAUUCGGCACAAUUUAGCAGUUUCAACCACACCAAGAUGAAAGGCUUGAUUAUUUUCUUCGCUCUUGCGGCUCUGGCAGCAGCCAAACCUGGUGGCUAUGGAUGGGGUGUGGCCCCCAUUGCUCUUCCACUGUCCGUUUCCGGGCCUGUAACUUCAGGACUUCUCCUCUCAGGACCUCAGAGCACUGGAGCCAUCAUUGAUGGCCCCAAAGAUACCGGCGCCAUCCUCACAGGCCCCAGCAGCACUGGAGCAGUUCUCACCUCCGGAGUCAGUCAUGGAUCGGUCCUCACUUCGGGGCCUUUGCUCCUCCCUUCACUCCCAGUCGCCUAUUCGGCCCCAAUCAGCUAUGGCGCUGCUGUGCUUACGAAAGGAGGCGGCAGCAUUGGGGUUUCCGGUGCUGGGGCUGUGGUGAGCGGCCCCAAAACUGUUCCCGUUGUCGUUGAAGGGCCGUCGGGCAAAAUUGCAGCGGACGGUCUGUGGGGCCCCACCCUAGAAGGCCUGCCCUACGCCUACUAAACUCGACAAUAAACUGGCCCUUCCUUGGGCGAUCCUGACGGGAAUGAGCUGGCCAACGACCAAGGGCAUUGGCUAAUUCAGAUCGAGAUGCCUGCAGAUAACUUUUUCUCACUUUACCCUGCUGAAUUCGUCAUUUUUCUUGCUGCAAAGCACUCUUCGUUUAGCAACUCGGAUACAAACCCGAUUGGCCUGGCUGGUUCCCUGAUGAUGGCCGCAGGAGUGGCUCUUGGAAAAACCGCAACUGCCUCCACCUGUCUUUAAUGUGUAAUUAUUUAUUUUCAAUAGAGCAAACUAGUUAGCAUGAAA